AUGGUCCAACGAUUGCGUACAAUAAAAAUGAAGAGAUUAACGGCAAUCACGUGCGCGGCAAUAUUAUUGCUGUUGGAGCUAAAGGGUUUUGACUGCGUGGACAACACUACGACCCCUGCGCCCACGUUGAUAUUACCACCCUCCAAGUAUCCGCCGUCGACUUUUUCCGAUUGUUGUCCGUACGGUGGCAUGACGUCGUCACAACUGGCCCUGUUGUCGGCCACGGAUGAUCCGGCACCACCCGAGCGCGUGAACGACAUCGUGUUUCUGAUAAACGCUCUGCCGACGGCACCGUAUUCGCUGUCCCGUCUACCGCCCCAGACGUUAUGCUGCAUUUUAAAAGAGCUGGCCCGCAGGCCGUCGCUGAUGAACGCCAUCGAACCGCCGAACGUGGUGUGUCUGCUCGACACCCUGUGCGCACUGCCGUCUCUGAUGAGAGUCGCGCCCGACCUAACGAUCCGCGAUCUGAUCACCGCCGCCAUUCUGAGCCCGAAGAUCGUGGACGCGAUGCGGCCGUCCACGGUGGUCGGUCUGUUGAGCAAGGCGCCGCCGACCGCGCUGUGCGCGUUGUCGCCCGCCGUCAGGGCGUCGCUGAUCCACUGCGCGCUGUCGCCGACGGCGCUCGGCAGGCUGACGCCGGUGGAAAUAUCGAACUUCGUCGACGCGUUAAUGUGCACAGAUCGCGCGUUGGCCAGAUCAACGGCCACUGCCGACAUCCUCGAACUGCUGAGCGUCACAGUGCAGUCGCCGUCCUUCGCCAACAACAUAUCCGCCACGCGAGCCGUCGACUUACUGUGCCUGUUGUCCAAGUCGGCCAUGGUCCCGAAGAACCUCGUCGACGCUCUGCUGGCAUCCUUCGCCCCGUCCGCCCACCGGUUGCCGCCCGCGACUCUCGCCCGCUUGAUGGCCAUCUUGACAAGUUCGCCGUACUCGAUGAACUCGAUGGACCCCGCCACGGUCGCUCUGCUGCUGGCCGCGUGGUCGCCGGUCGGCGUGCUGUCCACCUGCCCGCCCGACGUGCUCGUCCGGCUGUUGGUCGUCCUGUCUCAGGCGACCACCGUCUCCGUGGACGCGAUCAUCGGGCUGCUCUAUGGCGUCACGUGCGCGUCGCCCAGGUUGAUGUGUGACGUGCCCACGUGCGUCCGGUCAGCGUACGUGAUCCGGUUCACUUCCCCCGAAAUUACCUCCACGCUGUCGAUUGAGGUGAUCGUCAAGUUGAUCGGCGUCUUGAGCAAAAACCAGUGCUUUAUGACCGAACUGACGGCGAGUUCCGUAAACCUGACAGUGGCCUUCGUGGUGUCCAACAAUACACUUUUCAACGCUAUUCAACCAUCGGACAUCGUCGAUCUCGUUCAUGCCUUAGUCGGCACCGGGUGUGCACUGCAAGAGAUUCCGCACGAAAUCAUUCAGACACUUCUGUCUUUCCUCGAUUCAAUGUUCUCGCUAAGGGCGUUGGACACCGCUUACCUUUCGAAACUGCUGUCGUGUUUCAGUCGUUCCCCGUACCUGACAUCCGCGAUGUCCGGAACUCAGCUGGUAAACGUACUCGAAACGAUAACAUCGGUUUCCAGCGCGUUACAGGCAAUACCAAACAGCGGUUACGUGAACAUGAUGACGCAGUUGAUGACAACGCCCUACUUGAUGUCCGAUAUCCCGUUUGCGACGCUUUUGAACUUUAUGAAACAAAUCGAAAGCCAUACGUCGGGCUCCGUGUUCUGCGCUAUGCCACCAUGUGUGAUAGACAAGUUCAUCGAGUUUCUGGGAGCGAACAACGCCUCGAUAAUCACUUCCUUGCCACCCACCGACUUGAAAGGUUUGGUGGGCUUCCUGACCGAUGUCCAUUGCUUCUUAGCUCAGCUGCCCGUGGAAACCUUGAGCUCCCUGUUGGAAGCGAUCUAUGCGUCGUCGUUUAUGAUACCGUUGGAUGUAAGGAUCAAAAUGAUCUUCGCCAUUCUUCGGCUGCCACCGUCCGUAAUGUAUUCGCUGCCACCGGCAUCCAUCGGCAACAUAUGUAAAUCGUUCGGUUCGUUCGAUGUGCUGCAGGGUGGCCUGAGCACCGCAUAUCUGGGUGAAUUGUUGACCGCUAUCUCAACGUAUCCGUGUCUGCUGUCUGCCUUCGAUCCCCCGAUGAUACAAGACUUUUUGGAAUAUCUGUCGACGUCACAGGGCAUGCUAAACGACCUGGAACCCUGUGACGUGACCAACCUAGUGAUUUCGAUAUCAGCCGACGCACAUCUCAAAACGGAUAUACCGGUGGGUAGCUUUGUGCGGUUUUUGCGGUCAGUGAACGUGGUCAUGCCAUGCUCGAUACCAACGACCGCCACGGUAGCGCUGUUGGAGUCCUUGACGUCCAUGGAAGUCAUGAUGGACGGUCUGACUUCGAUGGAAGCAGCCAACCUCACAGACCUGUUAGUCGCAGACCACGCACUGCUAGCUGCGUCAUCGCCGAUAUUGGCCAACCUGAUGACGGCGAUGACGACCCGGUUUGCCGGGAUGCCACGCGAGAGUAUCGUCCACCUGUUGGCGGCAACGCACUUAGCGUCACCGAGUAUGCUGUGCACCGUACCGGAAGACGUGCUGGCCGAUCUACUCAAGUUGAUCUGCACCCAGUCGGUGGUUGGCAGCCUCCCAUCCGAAUACCUGGCUGUGUUCGUGGCCGUCCUGUCCACAUCACCAUGCCUGAUGGACGCCAUGUCGGCCAGUGGGCUCGAAACCUUAAUGGGCCUGCUUUUAUCGCAGCCAGCGCUAACGGCCGAAGUCGUGCCACCUCAUACGCUUGCCGAUCUCUGCACGAUCCUGGCCCUGACGCCAUCGCAAAACGUCAACGUGUCCACCAUAAUUUUGCUUCUGUCUUCGGUCUGCCCUAAGUCAGUUUGCGACAUACCGGCCAUGGCCUUGAGCACUCUGCUGAAGCCUCUGGGCGACGCUCAAAUUGUUUACGAGCUCGGGGUCACAACGACCGCUUCAUUGCUGUGCCGCCACCUCGUCACCAUGCGUCCUCGAAGUCUUAUCCGGCCCCACUCUCAACACGAUCGUGAUCAAGCUCGCAUCGUCACCGCUCCUGAUCCAGCAUUUGCAACCCGAUAUUUUACAGUCCUUUGUGGCGGCGGUCGCAUAUUCGCAGCCCGCACUUGAAUCUCUCCGACCGACCACCAUCGCCCACCUACUCACGUCG